AUGGUCCCAUCCUGCCCAGGGCUCCGGCAGGUGCUGCGGCUCCGGCUUCUCCCCAGGGCGCUCUGCUGCGCUGUCCUGCUGCUCCUGGUCGCCGCGGUGCUGAGCAGAGGCAAGAGGUGCAGCAUCGCCAAGAUCCUGCGGCAGUACCGCGCCGUCAUCUUCCACGAGAUCCAGAACCUGAAAAACCUGAGCGGAUCAGCGGACAGGAGCAGCCGAGCCGGGCCGGCCUGCCGCUCGGACAAGGACCAGAAGAUCCUGCUGUCCAUCUACAACAUCAGCAUGUCCCUGCGGGACGUGGCGGCCGGCACCCUGCGAGGCCCCGAGGAGGUGGCGGUGUGGAAGGUGGCCAGAAACACCGAGUUCGCCCUUAGGCAGAACUGCCGGAAAAUCAGCCAGAGCCUGCCGCCGGCCCCGGCACAGCCCCGGCGCGGAGGGCCCGGCCGCCGGAGGAAGCAGCUGAAGGAGCUGGCGCGGAAGGCGGAGAGGCUGGCGACGUGCUGGGAGAAGCUCUACGCGCUCCGCUCCCCCGGCCGGGACCCCCGGGGCUCGUAGCUCCCGCCGGGGAGCCCGAUGCCCCUCUGCUUUCCUGGCUGCUGGUGUCUCGUUCCCGAAUCUGGGGCACGUUCAACUCCGGGCUCGGCCGAGUCGGUGCCGGCGGGUGCCAGAGCUGAAUUCGGCCUCUCGGUCCAAGCGGUGCCCGGGGACCCGGCCCGCUCCCGGGUGCUGGGUGCCAGCAGCCUCCUUCCCGGUACGAUGGCUGCAGCAGCUGCCUGGAAAACCAGAAACUUGGGGAAGAGGAGGGGGACGGGCUGGAAGAAGGAAGAGACAUUAAUUUCCGUGGUGCUCCUGUCCCUGGUUACGCAUCGCCCGCCGCUUUCUUGGGGCUGGUGGUCGCUUUUCGGAGCCCCAGGAGGAGGAUUUGGGUCUCUGCUCGGAGAUUGCUGUGGGAGCUGCACUGCUGCAUCGCUACGAGUCUCUGCUAGGGGCCUGCAUGCAUGGACAAGCGUCCCUCGUGCGUGACUGUGGCCCUGAGCCGGGCAGAGCAGCAUCACCCCCAAGGUCCGGGGUGACCUGGAUGCAGGACUGGGCACCCGGGAUGCAACCCGGAGCCCCCGGCUGCCUGGUGAGGGCAAAUCAGCAGCAGAAAGGGAGGAUCCGUGGCAAAACCUCCACGUGCCGGGUGGA